GGGAGCGAGGCUCCGGAGCCGCCGCGGCAGGAGGGGGGAGGAGAGUCCCGGCCCCCCAUCCGCCAGCGCGACGCGGAGAGACGCGGAAGGGCCCUUCCAGCCGGCCGCCCCGGGAUCCGCCUCCCUGCGCCUCUGGCUCGGCGGGCUCCGCAGCGGGGCCCUCCCGCCGCCGAUCGCCACGCCGAGCCGCUGGGCAUGAGUUAAACCACGGACAUGGACACCAAACAUUUCCUCCCGCUGGAUUUUUCCGCCCAAGUGAAUUCGACCUCCUUAAGUUCUCCGACCGGCCGGGGGAGCCACAUGGGCACACCUGCCCUCCACCCCUCCAUGGGGCCCAGCCUUGGGGGCUCCUUGGGGUCGCCCAGCCAGCUCCACUCGCCCAUCAAUGGCAUGGGGCCGCCCUUCUCCGUCAUCAGCUCCCCGAUGGGGCCUCACGCCAUGUCUGGACCGUCCACGCCCGGCCUCGGAUACGGAGCUGGCAGCCCACAGCUCAACUCCCCUCUGAACCCCGUGAGCAGCACAGAAGACAUCAAGCCCCCCCUGGGAAUCAAUGGGGUACUCAAAGUGCCAAUGCACCCUUCCUCCGCCAUGCCCGCCUUCACCAAGCACAUCUGCGCCAUCUGCGGAGACCGCUCCUCAGGCAAGCAUUACGGGGUGUACAGCUGUGAGGGCUGCAAGGGCUUCUUCAAACGGACAGUGCGCAAAGACCUGAGCUACACUUGCCGGGACAACAAGGACUGCCUGAUUGACAAGCGCCAGCGGAACCGGUGCCAGUACUGCCGCUACCAGAAGUGCCUGGCAAUGGGCAUGAAGAGGGAAGGGAUGGAGCACCAUCCAUCCCGACCCACAAGACUCCCUGGAAGGCAGGAGCAACCAGCUGUCCAGGAGGAGCGGCAGAGAGGCAAGGACCGCAACGAGAACGAGGUGGAAUCCACCAGCAACGCGAAUGAGGACAUGCCGGUGGAGAAGAUCCUAGAAGCUGAACUGGCGGUGGAGCCCAAGACGGAGACCUACAUCGAAGCCAACAUGGGCCUGGCUCCUAAUUCGCCCAAUGACCCGGUCACCAACAUCUGCCAAGCAGCAGACAAGCAGCUCUUCACCCUGGUGGAGUGGGCCAAGCGGAUUCCCCAUUUCUCGGAGCUCCCACUGGACGACCAGGUGAUCCUGCUCCGAGCUGGUUGGAACGAGUUGCUGAUCGCCUCCUUCUCCCACCGAUCCAUCGCGGUCAAAGAUGGGAUCCUCCUGGCCACAGGUCUCCACGUCCACAGGAACAGUGCCCACAGCGCAGGAGUCGGUGCCAUCUUUGACAGGGUACUGACCGAACUCGUCUCGAAGAUGAGAGACAUGCAGAUGGACAAGACAGAGCUGGGCUGCCUGCGAGCAAUCGUCCUCUUCAACCCAGACUCAAAGGGCCUCUCCAACCCCGCUGAGGUCGAGGCGCUGCGGGAAAAGGUCUACGCCUCACUGGAGGCCUACUGCAAACAGAAGUACCCUGAGCAGCCAGGCAGGUUCGCCAAGCUGCUGCUUCGCCUCCCCGCCCUCCGGUCGAUCGGCCUGAAGUGUUUGGAGCACCUCUUCUUCUUCAAACUCAUAGGGGACACGCCCAUCGACACCUUCCUGAUGGAGAUGCUGGAAGCUCCCCACCAGAUGACUUAA